AUUUAAAUCCCUGAUAAAUUCUAAAAAGUCCCAUCAUCGCCGUCGUCUCCGUCACCGUCGCUGUGAAAUGGCGACAUCUAAUCUCCGUAGACACUUGAGCGCAAGUCGCCUCCGCUUAAACCGCUUCAUCUCUACUUCUUCUUCUUAUCAUUCACAUCGCCGUGUUGUUGUCACUGGUCUAGGCAUGGUGACUCCACUUGGUAGAGGCGUUGAAACAACGUGGAGGCGUUUAAUUGAUGGAGAAUGUGGGAUUAGAGGAUUGACUCUUGAUGAUCUCAAGAUGAAGUCUUUUGAUGAAGAGACAAAGUUAUAUACUUUUGAUCAGCUUUCUUCUAAAGUUGCUGCUUUUGUGCCUUAUGGAUCAAACCCUGGUGAAUUUGAUGAAGCCCUUUGGCUAAACUCUAAGGCAGUUGCGAAUUUUAUCGGAUAUGCUGUAUGUGCUGCCGAUGAAGCUUUGAGAGAUGCAGAGUGGUUACCAACUGAAGAAGAAGAAAAAGAGAGAACAGGAGUCUCUAUUGGUGGUGGAAUUGGAAGUAUAUGUGAUAUUGUGGAGGCAGCGCAGCUGAUUUGUGAAAAGAGGCUGCGGCGGCUUAGUCCGUUUUUCAUUCCAAAAAUAUUGGUAAACAUGGCAUCUGGUCAUGUGAGCAUGAAGUAUGGAUUUCAGGGGCCAAAUCAUGCUGCUGUGACAGCUUGCGCAACUGGUGCACAUUCUAUAGGCGAUGCCACUAGGAUGAUUCAAUUUGGAGAUGCAGAUGUUAUGGUGGCUGGUGGAACUGAGUCUAGCAUUGAUGCUCUGUCCGUAGCUGGAUUCUCUAGAUCAAGGGCUUUGUCAACUAAAUUCAAUUCUUCUCCACAAGAAGCUUCACGGCCUUUUGAUUGUGACCGGGAUGGUUUUGUGAUAGGGGAAGGUUCAGGGGUUAUAGUAUUAGAGGAAUAUGAGCAUGCAAAAAGACGAGGAGCAAAAAUUUAUGCUGAGCUUUGUGGAUAUGGGAUGUCAGGCGAUGCACACCAUAUUACUCAACCUCCUGAAGAUGGAAAAGGAGCUGUUUUGGCCAUGACGCGUGCCUUAAGACAGUCUGGUCUGUGUCCAAACCAAAUUGAUUAUGUAAACGCACAUGCAACAUCAACCCCAAUAGGCGAUGCCGUGGAAGCGAGAGCUAUCAAGACGGUAUUCUCUGAACAUGCUACUUCAGGCACCUUGGCAUUCUCCUCCACCAAGGGGGCUACUGGUCAUCUUCUUGGAGCAGCUGGAGCAGUGGAAGCUAUUUUCAGUAUCCUUGCUAUACAUCACGGGGUUGCUCCUAUGACGCUGAAUGUCAAGAAUCCAGAUCCCAUCUUCGACAAGAGGUUCAUGCCUUUAACCACUUCGAAAAAGAUGUUAGUUAGGACAGCAAUGUCGAAUUCGUUUGGCUUUGGAGGAACAAAUGCAUCUUUGCUCUUUGCCUCUAUCUAAACUUGUGUAAACAGCAUAGCAAAAGUUUUGAACUGAUCUUGCUUUGAUUGCAUAGAAGAUUACAUUAGUGAGUUCCCUAUGAAAUUACAGAUAAAGUUUUCUUGCAAUAUCCUUUUCAAAUAAAGUUUUUAGCACUGAUAUCAAA